AGCGGAGCUUUGAAUAGGGAAGUUUUGCAGGGGUUACGUUUGCAGUCAGUCCGCUGUUUGCAAAUAUUGUGUGGGCUCCGUGCUGCGGGCUGCGGGAGGGUCCGGACCCGGCGUCGGAUUGCAGAGCCCCGGAGUUUGCAUGAAACUUUCACCUGCGCGCCCGGGGACAGUUUCGGCUCCGACUCCAGAUCGCUCUCCUCCCUGUUUUCCCGGACUGUCUUUUUUUUUCCAACCCGACAUGGAUGUGCUUCCAAUGUGUAGCAUCUUCCAGGAACUCCAGAUCGUGCACGAAACGGGCUACUUCUCGGCUCUGCCGUCCUUGGAGGAAUAUUGGCAACAGACCUGCCUGGAGUUGGAACGCUACCUCCAGAGCGAGCCCUGCUAUGUGUCAGCCUCUGAAAUAAAAUUUGACAGCCAGGAAGAUCUGUGGACCAAAAUCAUUCUAGCACGAGAGAAGAAGGAAGAAUCAGAACUGAAGAUUUCUUGCAGUCCCCCAGAAGACCCUCUGAACAGCCCCAACUUUAGUUAUAACUUAGAGACCAACAGUCUGAACUCUGAUGUUAGUAGUGAGUCUUCGGACAGUUCUGAGGAACUUUCACCCACCACCAAGUUUACCUCUGAUCCCAUUGGCGAAGUCUUAGUCAAUUCAGGAACUCUGAGCUCCUCCGUCACUUCUACACCUCCUUCUUCUCCAGAACUGAGCAGGGAAUCUUCUCAACUGUGGGGCUGUGGGCCAGGAGACCUGCCUUCACCCGGGAAGGUGCGCAGUGGGACUUCGGGGAAGCCUGGUGACAAGUGUGGUGGAGAUGGCUCUCCAGACGGUAGAAGGAGGGUGCAUAGAUGCCACUUUAACGGCUGCAGGAAAGUUUACACCAAAAGUUCUCACUUGAAAGCACACCAACGUACUCACACAGGAGAAAAGCCUUACAGAUGCUCAUGGGAAGGGUGUGAGUGGCGUUUUGCAAGAAGUGAUGAGUUAACCAGACACUUCCGAAAGCACACCGGUGCCAAGCCUUUCAAAUGUUCUCACUGUGACAGGUGUUUCUCCAGGUCUGACCACCUGGCCCUGCACAUGAAGAGGCAUCUCUGAGGGAGAAGGGUGAAUUCUGUAGGCUAAAAGAGGCUUCCAGGCUGAGAGGCGGCCGUGGAAGAAGGGAUGCGUGUUCCAACCAAAGCAUGCCGUUCUGCUCCCUACCCAGUUGCCUCCAGGGGCCUCUCUUUGGAAGGUCUUUUGAGGGCUACAAAAGUUGUGUCAGAAGCGGGGUAGCACCCAUGGUGUAUGGUGUUCGGGUGGCCCUGGACUCGCCACUGGUUCCUAACCCGAGGGGCUCUGGAGCCCUCUGCCGUGAGCAUGUGCACUGAGAAUGUUAAUGGGUGGGCUGACUGUAUGUUGAGGAUCUAUUACUGACUGUAUGGUGAGGCAGACUUUUUUUUUCCCCCUUGUGGUAGCAAAUAACUGCAAGAUACAGAAAAAAAAAGCAGUUUGAAUGUUUUGUGUGUAAGGAGUAUACAAAGAGAUGAGAUGACCACCAGUCAUUUCCUGAGCGGUAUCUGCACCUUAGAAAAAAAAGUUAAAAAAAAAAAAAUAACAAAAAAAUAAAUAAAACAAAAACAAAACAACAAAAAAAGGAGGGUGGGAAGGGGAGCUCAGGACCCCAGAGUGGCAAGUGGUAAGGGAGGGGGAGCCCCGUCCCUGUCUCCUGUGUGAAAGGACCUUUUGGUGUCUGGUGCAGCUAUAAAACGUGCAAUGUGUCAAGUAGCUUGUUUUACUGGCUACCACGGAGCUCAUUUGUAACCCAUUGUAUAAGCUGUAUUUACAAAUAUUACACAGUGGUAAUUUUCCCUUAUAAUACAAAAGUCAUGCAUGGUCUGGGGAACCGUAUGCUUUUCCAUUUUUAAAUCUGGACUCCAAUCGUGAUUCCGAUUAAUAAGCAGUUGUAAGAUUCAAUUUGUCUGAUACAACGAACGAUCCCAUAGCCAUCGAGGCCUGGCAAGACACGACUUUCCCCGUCUUCUGUUUUCUAGCGCUCUCCCAGUCCAGAAUGCUAUUGUGCAGUGUAGGGUUAUUUCUAAAGGAUUCAGAAUUUAAAUUCACUUUUUGGAGAAUCUUGAGAUGCCCUUGGAAGAAAUUGGACACGUGUUGAAAGUCUAAAAGCUUGGGGCUGAAAAUUGCUGGUCUAAUGUGACAUUAGGCUAAGAACUUAAAAUUCCUUUCUCAGUCGGGGAGAUGAAACCACUAAGCUUAGAAACCGUUUGCUCAUGCAACUAGGUCUCUCUUAUUUAUGCCUUGAGGACUAAUUUCUGGUUUUCUAGCUGUUAAUGCACUGUUGACCUUCAUAAUGGUGCCUUACGCAACUGACCCCAUCUGUGGGGUCACAUACAGGGGUAUGGGUGAUGCAUGCUUAAUUAAGGCUCUUUUUUCACCUGGCAUUGUACUGUAUCAAUGUAUAAUAUGGAAAAAAGAAAAAAAAAAAAAAAGAAAAAAAAACUUCUUUAAGAUCCUCCACAAAGACAAAUAGAUGAAAACUCUUUUGACAUGUCAGUAUGAGUUCAUUUCAGACAACCUGACUGUCAGUGUUAAAAUGGGGAAAAAAAAUAGACCUGAUCACUGAAAAUUCUGACCAGUUCUGCUAUCAUGAGACUUCUUAGAGACCUUGCACAACAACUGUAUAGAUCACACACACCGGCUGUAUUUAAUAUGUAACAAAGAUACAGAAGUAUAAAAAUAAAUAAAACCAAUGUCAAUGUUUUGCUUAAGAGGCACAAGUUUCACAUACCUGUCUAGCUAUCUGUUGGUAAUACAGAAAGUAUACUACUUUUUUUUUAAAGUGGAUGAAAUUUCUUGUGUAUGUAUAUUUGUGUGUAUAGUAUGUGUAUGUAUGUGUAUAUAUAUAUUGUUUAGCUAGAAAAUUCUACAGCCUGUGAAGUAUUUCAAAAUGGCCAUAAAGGAGAUAAAAAAAACAAAAAAACAAAACAAACAAAAAAACCUAUAACCUAACUUUUAUAGAGGCUUUAUCUUUAACGAUUUACUGAAGAUGUUCUCGGCAUUGAGCCUAUACCAGGAUGCUGCUGACUUUAGUCAUUAUUGGCAAACCUGGACUGGGGUAUUUCUGGCUAUUCAGACGGGCAUGAACAAAAUACUGGCCAACCAGCUGGACUCAGACACGCAAAGGUUUUUAUUUGACUUUCAGCCUUAUUAAAAGGUCUAACCUAAGAGCAAGCCGAUCACAGGGAUUCUUUUUUAGAAUACUUUUUAUGCAGAUGAAACUAUUUUUUCCAGCAUGUAGAUUUUCCCAGUUUUUUCAAGGAGUCCUUUCCCCGAAUUGGCAUACCACAGCAUAGACAGCUGGUAUUUCUGAUAUUUUGUCCAGUUGCUGUCUUGUACGUGUGAGAUCAUACACACACACACACACACACACACACACACACACACACAUAUAUACAUGUAAGUCUGGCUGGGCUGGUCUUUUGUUUAAUCCUCCUGAAAAUGAGCAAUGACUAAAGCUGGCUUAACUGGUUUUUGUAUCUGGACUGAUGAAUACAUUUCCCUGUAAAACUUAACUUCAUUUUGCUUAAGGGGAAAAUGCACUUUUUGUUUGGCUGUUCAAAAUCCAAGCACUUGAUUUGCUGGGUUUUGGAAAACUCCUUUUUUGGCCCUGCUGUGUCUUAGCCAUAACAGUUCCAUUAAGUAAGAAGGUAAACAGAAGAACUAAAAAAAAAA